AUGAACGAGAGCCUUGUCUCCAAGUACAAAGACAUCAUCACCUCCAGAGGAUUGACUUACCACUAUCUGUCCGUGCCAGCUGUGGAUGACAAACCCACUCUAUUCUUCGUCCAUGGCUUUCCCUCCAUUUCAUAUGAUUGGUAUCAUCAGAUCAACUACUUCUCCGAGAAGGGAUUUGGUGUGGUAGCGCCCGACAUGCUCGGAUACGGCGGCACGUCCAAACCCACCGAUAUAUCCUUGUUUCUGCACACCGCAAUCGCGCAAGACUUGCUCGACAUUCUUGAUGCCGAGAAAGUCCAAAAAGCCAUAGCCGUUGGGCAUGACUGGGGCACCCGCAUAGUCUCCGUCCUGUCAAUGAAACACUCUGACCGAUUCUUGGGUUUCGCAUGGGUUGUGGUCGCAUACCAAAUAUACACUCCCUUACCUCCCAUCGAUGUUAUUUUAGAGAUGAAUAUCAAGACAUUCGGCCGGCCACUACUGGGGUACUGGAAGUUUUUCGAACAAGAAAGCGCUGCUCAAAUCAUCGAGAAGAAUCUAGAAUCGUUGAUUUCCGUGCUUUAUCCAGACGACCCAGAUAGUUGGCUGACUCUGAUGAAUCAACCCGGGGAGAUACAAGCCUUCAUCGCAAGUGGAAAGACAACAAAGAGAGCCGGUUAUCUCACAGACGAGCACCACUCACGCUUGUUGGAGUCACUUAGGAAAGGUGGGUUAGCGAGCCCCCUGAACUGGUACAAGUCUACGAUCGGUAGCGUCAAUUCCCGCAUUAUGGAAGACAUACCAGAAGAAAAUCAGUUUAUCAAGAAACCCGCGUUCUUUGCAGUCGCAAGGAAAGACCACGUAUGUGUGUAUGAUUACGCCGUGCCCCAAAUGAAGCAAUAUGCGACGGGAGGUCUCCACCUGGUAGAGUUCCAAGGAGGACACUGGGUUCAGUUGGAGGAACCGGAAACGUUCAACAGAGAGCUUCAUUGUUGGAUUCGCGAUACGUUGCAACAAAAUUGUUGA